GGCGGCGGCAGCAUGGCGGCGGGGGCGGCUGAGGCAGCUGUAGCGGCGCUGGAGGAGGUCGGCUCAGCCGGGCAGUUUGAGGAGCUGCUGCGCCUCAAAGCCAAAUCCCUCCUUGUGGUCCAUUUCUGGGCACCAUGGGCUCCACAGUGUGCACAGAUGAACGAAGUUAUGGCAGAGUUAGCUAAAGAACACCCUCAAGUUUCAUUUGUGAAGCCUCCAGGCAUCUUUUGAAAUGUGCAACAAAAUAAAAACCUCUGAACCUGUUUUGACACUGCAAACUCAGUGGAUGACAUGCCAGCCCAUUGGAAGCUGAAGGUGUUCCUGAAGUAUCUGAAAAAUAUGAAAUUAGCUCUGUUCCCACUUUUCUGUUUUUUAAGAAUUCUCAGAAAAUCGACCGAUUAGAUGGUGCACAUGCCCCAGAGUUGACCAAAAAAGUUCAGCGACAUGCAUCUAGUGGCUCCUUCCCACCCAGCGCUAAUGAACAUCUUAAAGAAGAUCUCAACCUUCGCUUGAAGAAAUUGACUCAUGCUGCCCCCUGCAUGCUGUUUAUGAAAGGAACUCCUCAAGAACCACGCUGUGGUUUCAGCAAGCAGAUGGUGGAAAUUCUUCACAAACAUAAUAUUCAAUUUAGCAGUUUUGAUAUCUUCUCAGAUGAAGAGGUUCGACAGGGACUCAAAGCCUAUUCCAAUUGGCCUACCUAUCCUCAGCUCUACGUUUCUGGAGAGCUCAUAGGAGGACUUGAUAUAAUUAAGGAGCUAGAAGCAUCUGAAGAACUAGAUACAAUUUGUCCCAAAGCUCCCAAAUUAGAGGAAAGGCUCAAAGUGCUGACAAAUAAAGCUUCUGUGAUGCUCUUUAUGAAAGGAAACAAACAGGAAGCAAAAUGUGGAUUCAGCAAACAAAUUCUGGAAAUACUAAAUAGUACUGGUGUUGAAUAUGAAACAUUCGAUAUAUUGGAGGAUGAAGAAGUUCGGCAAGGAUUAAAAGCCUACUCAAAUUGGCCAACGUACCCUCAGCUGUAUGUGAAAGGGGAGCUGGUGGGAGGAUUGGAUAUCGUGAAGGAACUGAAAGAAAAUGGUGAAUUGCUGCCUAUACUGAGAGGAGAAAAUUAAUAAAUCUUGGUGCCCAACUAUUGCAAGAAAUAUUUAAUUACAUUGGAAGCAGUUCAUGAUUUAGUCCUCAGAAAUGGACUAGGAAUAGAAAAUUCCUGCUUACUCAGUUACAUGUUUUGUGUAUUUCACAAUGUCGUGCUAAAUAAAUGUAUGUUACAUUUUUUUUCCCACCAAAAAUAGAAUGCAAUAAACAUCUUCAAAUUAUUAACAAUAAUUGUAUGAAAAAAGUAUAUCUUUACAGCAAUAUUAAACAUACAGCUACUAUAAUUAA